AUUGUCACCUGUGGUUGUCAUAAUUCUAGAAGUUUCUUGUAAUUCUUUUCGAUUUUCUGGAAUAUAAGAAGUUUUACUGGGAGAAACAGCAUAUUAGUGCUAAACUGCCUUAUAUUCUGUCGAAUCAUAUUUUUAAGGUUAGAAAAUCAUAAUUUUUAAGCUUUUAAAAUGGCCAAAUGGGGCGAAGGAGAUCCUCGGUGGAUAGUUGAAGAACGCCCUGAUGCAACAAAUGUUAAUAACUGGCAUUGGACAGAGAAAAAUGCAAGCAAUUGGUCUCAGGAACGUAUUAAAAAUCUCUUCACAGAUGCUACAGUAACAUCAGAUCUAGCGGAUCUUAAAAUUAAAGAAGUAGAAAAAUGUGAAGGAGAAGCUUAUGCAAAUAACAGGAAAGGCAAAUUAAUAUUUUUUUAUGAAUGGAAUUUAGUUUUAAAGUGGGAGGGAAAAUUAAAAGAAGGAACAGGAACGAAACACAAAGGAAAAGUUACUGUACCCAACUUGUCUGAGGAAAAUGAUGUAUCUGAAUUAGAUAUACAAAUAUCAGUUAAAGAUAAUGAAGAAGAAGGUGAAGUUUUAAAAGAAAUAAUGCAGUCUGUGGGAAAAGAGUUUGUUAAGGAAAAAUUAGGAAACUAUAUAACAAGCUUGAAAGAAGAGUUCUCCAAAGGCAUGAUACUUCCAAGGAAAGAUGAGGUGGUAAACAAAAAUGAUAUAAACAAUCUCUCUUGUGGUUUUGAUAAGAAAAUAAAUAUGCAAUCAAAUGCGUCCAAAAAAGAUAGUAAAAAGGAGGUAGGAUUAAAAAUUGACACAUCUACAUUGAAACUAACACAAAAGUUCCAAUGUCGCGCAAGCGAAUUUUAUGAUGCAAUGACACGAAUAGAGAUGGUCUCGUCAUUUACACGAGGGCCAGUUAAGUUAGAGCCAGUCAAAGGGGGCAAGUUCGAAUUGUUUGGAGGGAAUAUAUCUGGACAUUUUGACAAACUUGAACCACCAACCAAGAUACAGCAGCAGUGGCGAUACAAGGCUUGGCCAGAGGGGCAUUAUUCUACUGUAGAAAUAACAAUUGAUGAAAAGGAGGAUCAUACAGAAGUACGAUUAGUACAAACGGGUGUUCCCCGUGGAGAAUUAGAAAAAAUAAGGGAAAAUUGGGAGCGUUACUAUUGGACACCGAUAAAGCAAGUCUUCGGCUUCGGUGCCUUUAUAACAGAUUCUGGAUUUUAAUGUAAUCAAUUUCUUAGGUCGUCUACAAUUAUCAAUUCGUGACAUGCUGAUAGCUUUAGUUUUAAUCAUUAUAUGAGACGAUUGUAUAAAUAUUAUAAAUCAGUAUCAAAAAACAGUGUACACUCUCGCCAUAAGUUAGGUAGCCAAAUGAUCGUAAUAUCUGAAUUUUGUAUUUAUUUAUUGAUGUAUUUACAGGAGGGUGGUCGUCAGUUUUAAUUAGUGCGUGGGGGAAUUAUUGUAGAAUUGAUAUAGUUAUCAAAAUAUGCCUCAAAUUUUUUUCCACAAUUUAAGAUUAUUAAGUUUUUUUAUUUUUAAUUUAAUUUCUCAUUUUUGAAUUUGUCCUUAAAUUCUGGGGUUGGAUGAUGUGCACACUAGGAAGCUAAAGUUUGUUGUUUUGGCAUAACUACAUUUUCAAAAAUAGGAAUAACAUUUGUAGGACUUUUGAAAAUGUUUAUAUUUGGAAAACUAGGCAAGAUAAAAGUUGUUGAUUUCAUAAUUGUGUAUACAAAGAAUAGAACUAACUUUUAGUAAUUGUUUAUUUUCAAAUUAAAUAACGCACUAAUGGACCACUCUAUAAAAUCUGCAUUUUGUUAUUGCUAUUACUUGGAAUUGAAUUUUUAAAUCCUACAAAAAAUGUUUCUUCUAAUGCUUGCUUAAUUUUGAAUUGUAAAACGUCACCUGUACAAAUUUUUUCUAAUUUUGUUUCUCCUAUAAUUACAAUGCUGCUGUUUAGUGGAUAAACAUUUGU